AUGGAUCUAGGGUUUCAAAAUAGAAUCAUCGGCAGCUCAAGAUCUAUCUCGGAAGCUGAGGUUUCACAGACAACUUUUGGUGGUGGGUUCAAGCUGAGGACUAGCCUUGAGUAUGAGCAAGGAGCAACGAAUUUUGUUUAUGGGUCAGCAAAGAGGUUGGGUAAUCCCGCAAAGAUGUUUUGUCCUUGUUUCCAAUGCCGAAAUCUGUGCCAUGAAUCAGUAGCCACAGUCUUGGAUCAUCUGGUUAUUAAAGGAAUGGAUCAGAAGUACAAGAGAAAUAAAUGUUCAAAUAAGCACGGGGAGAUAAGGGAAUUGAAGACAUGUGAUGAACAGACUUCUGAAUGUGAAGCUUAUGAGUUGUUUAGAGCUACUUUCUUCGAUGGUGAUGACAAUUUAGAUCCCCGGAGUGACACGCCAGAUCAGAAUGAUGGUAUUGAAGAAGAAGCAGACAAAGAGUUUAUGAAGAAGUUGGAAGAUGCUGAAACUCCUCUCUACAACGCAUGUCCUAACUACACCAAAGUGUCUGCUAUCAUGGGGCUUUACAAAAUAAAAGUGAAGAGCGGAAUGUCAGAGAACUAUUUUGAUCAGCUUCUGAACAUAGUUCACGACAUGCUACCGGAAGAUAACGUGCUUCCAACAUCAACAGAGGCGAUGAAGAACUACUUGAAGAUAUUCGGGUUUGGCUAUGAGAAAAUUCAUGCAUGCAAGAAUGACUGCAUCUUAUACCGGAAGCAGUAUAAAGAUUUGACAAGCUGCCCUCGAUGUAAAGCUUCUAGAUGGGAAGUAGACAAGCACACGAAAGAGGAAAAGAAAGGGAUUCCUGCUAAUGUUCUUAGAUACUUCCCGAUAAAGGACAGAUUCAGAAGGAUGUAUAGAUCAACAAGGAUGGCCGAGGAUCUGCGUUGGCAUUUCAGUAAUGCUUCAGAAGAUGGGACAAUGCGGCACCCAGUGGACUCAAUAACUUGGUCUCAGGUUAAUGCAAAAUGGCCAGAGUUUGAGUCUGACCCGAGAAAUCUUCGACUUGGUCUGUCUACUGAUGGGAUGAACCCAUUUUCAAACCAGAGCACGAAGUACAGUACAUGGCCAGUCCUGCUAGUCAACUACAACAUGCCACCUACAUUGUGUAUGAAGGCAGAGAAUGUUAUGCUCACUCUGUUGAUCCCUGGACCAACAGCACCGAGCAACAACAUCGACGUCUAUCUUCAACCGUUGAUAGAAGAUCUACAGGAUUUAUGGAGUGAAGGUAUGGAGGUUUAUGACUCAUUUUCCAAGGAAAAUUUUAAUCUCAGAGCUAUGUUGAUGUGGACUAUCAGUGAUUAUCCUGGUUUGGGGACGUUGGCAGGCUGUAAAGUCAAUGGUAAACAAGCAUGUAUUGUUUGUGGCAAGGAUACACCUUUUAGGUGGCUGAAGUUUAGUAGAAAACAUGUCUACAUGUGCAAUGGAAGAAGACUCAGACCUGGUCAUCCUUACAGACGCAGACGGAAUAAGAAAGGAAAAAGAAAUAGAUCUGGUUUGGUCGAUGGUGAAGAGCUUUCAGAAGAGGAAUUUGAUGAAGAAAGUGAUCGAUGGAGGUGGAAUAAGCGGUCUAUUUUCUUCGAUCUAACUUACUGGAAGGAUCUGCAUGUACGUCACAACAUCGAUGUAAUGCACGUUGAGAAGAACGUGUCUGAUGCCAUAUUGUCCCUCCUCAUGCAAAGUGCUAAAUCAAAAGAUGGCUUGAAGGCACACCAUGAUUUGGAAGAUAUUGGGAUUCAGAAAAACUUACACGCGCAAGUACGUGGGAAGAGAAACUACUUACCACAUGCUGCUUAUUGGCUAUCGAAGACAGAGAAAAAGAAGUUCUGCAAGAGAUUGGCUGAGUUCAGGGGACCAGAUGUUGAUCCUCCUACCGUUGGUGGCUUAAAGUCUCAUGAUCACCAUGUGUUGCUACAAAACCUGUUACCUGUGGCUUUGAGAGGAAUGAUUCCAACUGGGCCUCGGAUUACAGUGAAUAGAAUAUGCAACUUCUUCAAUCAAUUAUGUCAGCGUGUGAUUGACCCGGAGAAGCUUGUAUCUUUGGAGAAUGAGGUUGUCGAGACAUUGUGCCAAUUGGAGAGGUUCUUUUCUCCAGCCUUGUUUGAUAUCAUGUUCUACCUUCCUCUUCAUCUUGCAAGGGAGGCACGUUUAGGUGGUCCGGUUCACUUUAGAUGGAUGUAUCCGUUUGAGAGGUAUAUGAAGACACUCAAAUCAUUUGUUAAAAACUAUGCUAGACCAGAAGCCUGUAUGGCUGAGGGAUACAUGGCAGGAGAAUGCAUGGCCUUCUGUUUGGAGUUUCUUAAGACCUCUGUACCAGCAUGCGAAAAUGCAAACCGUAACGAAGAUCUUGAACCAUGUGACGACAUCCUUGAAGGUCGUCCAUUUCACAAGGCUAAAGCAGUUACACUAACUGAGAAAGAGCGGGAGAUAGCACAUCGAUAUAUCCCAAGUAACUCAAAAGAUCAUUCGAAGAAGCUAAAGUGGCUAGCUUUUGGACCAAGAGCUGAAGCACAAACAGACGAUGAAUCAUCACCUUGGUAUGUUGUUAUGAAAGAGCCACCAAGGAGAUACCAUGAGUUGGAGACAGAAGCAGAGUUUGUUGCACCGGUAUCAUCGCUUCAGCACAGUGAAGAUUUGGAGAAUCAGUCUUCUGAUGAUGAGAGUUUCUGUGUUAGGGAUGACUGCGAAGGAAUCUACAUAAUGGUUUAG